CGUACGUGGAUGGAGAGAGGGGUUCUUAGGUGAACAUCACAGGGGCGGGUGAGGAGGUGGAGGUGGGGGGUAGAUUCUGUAGCGUUACGCGUAGCCACGCCUGCGAGAGGAAACGAAAAAACGCGCUCCCCUGCAGCUGAGACGGGCAACUCACGGAAACAGAAGCGCACGUACAGCCAGCGACGUGCACGCAGAGAUACCCGCUUCAUCACCCGUCCCAGGAGCUACCACCAACCCCGACCAGAGCGUCCUAUCGAGGCGGGGCCCCCAUGGAGGUGAUGGUGGAGCACCUGGCUCGCUGGCACGGCAGCCCCCAGGGCACGGGCGUGCUCGAUGUGCCCCCGGGGCUCCCGCAUGGAUAUGGGGAGUCGAACCCGCUCCUGGGUGCAGCCGUGCCGGGGCAACUCCACGGCAACCUCCAUCAUCACCACCACCACCAUCAGCAGCAGCAACAGCAGCAGCAGCAUCAGCAUCAUCAACACCAGCAGCAGCAGCAUCAGCAUCAGCAGCAGCAACAACAACAACAUCAUCAUCAGCAGCAGCAGCAGCCCAUGCCGCUGCACAGUGAGGAUCUGGAGGUGUUUGUGGGGCUGCUGGAUGCUCAGGGACAUCCGAACGUGCCCGGGGCGAGUGCAGAGUACAGAGCAGCGACUCACGAGGGCCGUGAAUGCGCCAACUGUGGGGCUACGUUCACCCCGCUGUGGAGGCGGGAUGCCAACGGACACUACCUGUGCAACGCGUGCGGCCUCUACCACAAGAUGAACGGCCACAACCGCCCGCUCAUCCGGCCUAAGCGCCGACCGUCGGCGGCGCGGCGCUGCGGCACGGCGUGCGCCAACUGCCAGACGAGCGCCACGACGCUGUGGAGGCGCAACGCCAGCGGCGAGCCGGUGUGCAACGCGUGCGGCCUCUACUACAAGCUGCACAACGUGAACCGCCCCAUCACGAUGAAGAAGGACGGCAUCCAGACGCGCAAUCGGAAGUCGUCCGGCAAGCCGGGCAAGCACGGCAAGAGCCGGCGCUCGCUCGCGAGCCCGGGCCGCUCGCAGACGCUGCCGCUCCUCGCCGGGGCCUACGACAGGCCCCGCGCCAUCGCGUUCGGCGGCGGCGCCCUGCCGCCCGCUCACCUCUCGUCGGUUCACCUGGCGGGCGCCGCGCACGCGCUGCCCUCGCUCGCUCAGCUGCACACGGCCGCAUCGUCCCUGCCGCUCGCUCCUCACCUCCACAACCAUCACCUGUCGCACCAUCACCUGUCGCACCAUCACCUGCAGCAGCAGCAUCAACAGCAGCAGCAUCAGCAGCAUCUUCUUCACCAGCACCAGCAGCAACAGCAGCGUCAUCACGAGCAACAUAAUCACCUUCAACACCAGCAUCAUCAUCAUUUGCAGCUUCAUCAACAGCAGCUCGGCUUACAGACGCCCACAGGUAUGGUCUCGGCUCUGGGCUAGUGGAACGUUGCUCUAAGUCUUUUGUUGAGGAUGAUGGGCUAGUCUUGGUCACGAGACUACAAUGGUGUAGGCUGCUUCGCAUGGGCCCUGGUGUGAAGAAUCACCAUGGAGUCCCCUAUUCAAAUUCUCCCUCUCUUCGCAAGGCCGACACCUGGGCCCCUCUGGCCUGUGGCCCCCCGGUGCAGUCGCACCACCUGCACACUCGAUAGCUACGCCGCUGGAGACUACAGAGAUGAGACGAAUCGGUGUCUGGUGCAAUUAUCUUUUAUGGUGUUGAUGUGACUUUUAAAAAUUACACUCUAUCCACCCCCCACCGCGUCUUCAACCCUUUCCAAAAAAAAAAUAUGAAUACUGAAGAAUUUGUUUACUCCACACAUAUUGACAUUCUAUUUUGCCAAUGUGAUUAAAAGAGAAAAAGUGCAGUUUGUGCCCAGUCUCAUCAUCAUCACCAUCAUCGUCAUCAUCAUCAUCAGCCAUGGUCAAUCCACUGCUGGAUGAAGGCUUCCCCAAGCAGCCGGCACCUCUGACAACCCCGCGUUGCAACGACCCACCGGGCCCCUGCACCCGAGCUGACUUCAUCGCUGCGUCUCCUUGGUGGGCGCCAGCGCCGCAAGUGCCUCUUUCUACAUCGCCGGUUAAAAUGAUCGCAAUUCCCCACUUGAAGAACUGUAUUAAACUCUAAGCCGCUGCUCACUAUUUUGGAGCAGCCCUCAAGGCAAGCUAUAAACAUAAUGGAGAAGAAACGCAACGCAUUCGUCAAUAAGACUGUGGCCUUAAAAAUAUCUAAAAUCGGCAAACGUUGCAGGCAAUGGCCCUCCUUCCUCAGCACAUAGAAAGGCCAAACAAGUCGAGUGAAGGUUUGACGGCUGGAGUGCCACAUCUGUUUUCAGCGGACGCUGCAGGAAAACGAACUCUUACUGUGAACAUUGGUGAAGCUGUGGACACUGAGGGACGUUUCUCAACGUUGCUGCUGCUGCUGCUGUCGUCGUUUGCUGCCGGAAAGGGACAUUUGAGUGAGACCAACGAAAAUGUGAAAAAAAGAGAGGGCUUCAUAUUUUCUGGUGAGCAAUCGACUGCCCGCUACGAUACAUUCAUUAUCUGCUCGCGAGAUAACUGUUAGACGACAAUAAAUAGGACGGAGCUGUUUUUCUACAACCGCAAAAAAACAUGUUUGCGUUUGGGGUACGACACUGCUAAAUUUGAAAACGAAGACAACGUUCCUUAUCACUGUGCCGCGAAAGCGCGGUUGAUAGACGACUACAUGGUCAAAUAAAAUAAACAUUAUUCAACUCCACACACCUCAAGGUGUGCUUGACUAAAUCUACACAACUACAGAGGAAUCCUCCUCUCAGUCCACUGGUGGAUGGACCACUUCGUUCACCGCUCUAAAGUUUGGAAAUAUAUUAACCAAUAUGGUUCCCUUUUCUAUACCUUAUCUCAAAUGUUGUACUUCCUUACCCUAAUAAUAGUGAAUUGAAAACAUUAUACAGCACAGUAUCUAUUUUGUACCACCCAAGAUUAACCCUGCCACCCAAUCACCACUAUGGUCAUUGGUCGCCAAAGACCAGAGACAACUCAAUCGAUUGGCUGGCGGUGUGCACAAAGCAAUCAGUGAGGGUAGAGGCGCAGCUGUGAAACUGCCUAGCUCACACCCCUGUUGGCAGAAGGACCUUCACCACAGGGAAGCCUCAUCUAGAGGGUCGCCCACUCUUCCACUUUGGCCAGCGUUGGGAAUAAAUUGGGAUUUGCCCGGAGGUAACCCUCCCACUUACAAGUUGGUUAACGUUCAACAUACGCAGAGACGGGUUCACAACCUUGUUGCUGAACAGCCUGUCGUCAAAGAGAACUCCAUUACGUAGAGAGAGGUAGAACCCAGUCAAAAUGAACAGGCGGCGACUGCUCUUGUGUAGAUCUCCAUGGUGAAGAUAGAGGCGCAGCCCUGCAACAUCUCCCUCACGCCACUGCAGGUGGAAGGGACUCCACUAGAGGGAUCUCUGGAGGGUCCCUCGGGCGAGUGUAUUUUGGCCUACUCUUCCACGUUGGCCAAACGUCUUGGAAGAGGUGGGCGUACCAAACACUUUACCCCACCUCUCGCGACCUGUCGAUUGACCAACUGCGGUCGACAGAGGCCAGGGGCAGUUAAGAAGCCGACCCCUCGUUUCAUCCGUUGCGCCGGAAGUUUGAACUGGAGCUCUUUGGAUAGAAUGUUCAGUGCGUUGCCCACCGCACCAUGGCAGCGUGCUAGACUACUGACAACGAUAGCAGCAACUGCCAUGGAUCAAGUGAGAUGCAAUGAAAAAUCGCGUCGCUCUUGCAAGGGCGACCAAGGGACCGGUUUUUACCCCGAUGCGAGCUGGGAGAAACAAAAGCUCGGGGUACAUCCCGACUGCCCUCAUUAGCUCUCCAGUGUGUCUCACGGCUGUUCCCACAAUGCCGUUCGCCAUCGAUGUCCGACGGUGGGACCUGGCCCAGAAAAUGCGCCGGAGAGCCGCAACGCAGCACGAUCGCGAAGGGCUCGGCAGUAUCUUCUUGGUUCUUUCGGUAAAGUCACGUAGAAGGGAAAUUAAAAAAAAAUUCUCACGACGUUUCGACCACAACACAAGCAGCCGUCCACAGGUGAAGAAACAGAGCUGUCGGAAAGACAGCGUCCCAAUGAACACCGCCAAGCUUGGCAGCGUAUAUUUAAGCUGGGUCGGGGGAGGAGAGCGCCUUGACAAAGGAGUUUACAUAUCAACAGCGGAAGUAGUACAACUGCCUGGAAAGUCCUAGGCGGUAGUACGACAGAGAGACCGCGUUCAGCACGAACCAAUCGUCGGGGACCAAUCUUUGAUUACGUUGUGUGCAAUAAAUUAAGUGCCUUAAAAAAAACCGAUGUAUUAUCACACUGGCGUUGCCUUCCAUCGGACCGCAAUAAACAAACGGGCCCUCCUUGCCUUAAGUUUGUUGAGUCCGCGUAGAGCUUGCGGUUGGGAUUUUUCACCCACUUCAAAUCUUUCACAUGCCGCCUCUUUCUACGAUGUUUGUUGUUUUGGUGUUCGCCGGCCAAAGGCUGCGCUAAACCUGUCUCAGAACACGUUACCCCACCAAUAGAACACUCGCUAGAAGCGCCCCAUUGCCGUUCGCUCGGUCGCCACUGCUGUUCGUGAACUGAAUGCAAAAUGACUUGACGUUUAAACGGCGGUGAAACGUAAACCAACUCAAAGUUGGCUCGCGUUUGCGGCAAUGUGUUUGUUUCUGGUCCUGAGAUAUUAACAAUGUGUGGCCCAAUAGUUUGUAAGUUAAGGCAUGCGAUGCCUCCCCAAAUGCUGCGAUUCAAAAUAAUUUGUUUGUAAAAAACAACCACGUCUCAUGCUAUAUUUUGCCAGCAUCAAGAUAUUGAAUGAUUUAAAAAGGCUUUAUUAUACUUUCCGGCGUAAAACAGGAGGUUGUUACGAGGCAUCAUGUCUGCGUAACCGCACAACGCUUUAGUAACGUAUGCAUUGCCCUUGAAACGUAUUGGCUUGUAUCACAGACAUCCUUUUUAUGGCCUUGUCUCAGCAGUGCUAUAGACCAAAGGCUGCCAAAAGGGGGAAAACAGUGCAAAGACAAUGCGAACGCCAAAGCAUUAAUAGUUCGCGUUACGCCGUUAUGUCUUUGGAACCCUCAUGCCAGUAUCAAGAUAUUGAAUAUUCCGGGAACGGUCGUGUGCUGAAAUUGGACGUGCGGUCAAACCAAAUUCAAAUAAACGACGGCGGUUGUUUUCAUAGCGGACGCUUUUGUUUUCCAAAAGUGUCGUUUUUUUUUACGAACCUAUUUUAAAAUAUUGUGACUGCAAGUGUGUUUUUUCUUCCAGAUUUUAAAGUAAAUAUAUAUGUACAUAAAAAAAUUAAUCUAGACACAAUCAGCGUCGGGGUUUGUUCAAAAUAUAAUGUUUUAUUGUUCCUGUGCUUUACUGCGCGUGUAAAACCUGUUAUUCCGCUUGCUUUCGUUUAUUUUUAUCGAUGUAGUGUGUCCCGUUCUGUACA